AUCACCCACACACCCACACACGCACCACCACACCGCGCACUGACGCAGCGAGAUCGGUCAGUCAAGAGGGCGAGGCGUGCACUGCUGGUCCUCCUCUGCCCGCGCAUGGUGCCCCGUCCCCGCCGGCCGGCGCCGACGACGACGACGCUAGUCGCCGCACAUGUUGCAUGAGCGGCACGCACCACCCUCCGCGUCCGACGACGAGGACGAUGCCCCAGGGGCCAACAACGACGAGGAGGGCGCUCUGACUCUGGUGACCACCACCGCCGCCAGCACCACCAACACCGACUUCCACGACGUCGACGAGGUCAUCGAGGUGCGCGAGGUCCACCCGCUGUCGCCGCCGCACCCGCCCUUCACCCCGCCCACGCGCACCGUCUCCGCGGCCUCCACCGCCUGGGACAGCGCCAGCAGCCACCGCUCCGUCACCUCCGAGGAGCAGUUCAUGACGAUGAGCCGCGAGUUCACCGCCAUGGUCGCCGCCGGCGCCGGCGCCGGGGCGACCAACAACAACAACAACAACAACCCCAAUAACAGCAACCACAACCCCGGCGGGCCCUACGACGGCGGCCCCGACCAGCUGACCAGCAUCGGCGAGGACGAGCUGGAGGAGCACAACCCGCUGGCCAUCGUGCCGGACAGCGGCCACCCCUUCGCCACGCCGCCCAGCAGGAGCGGCGGCAGCAGCGGCCGGGCAGCGCGGCUCGACCUUGAGGUGGUGCCCGCCGCCGGCCCGCCCGUGGAGGCGAGCCAGGUGAAGAAGGAGGAGGUGGAAACCAAGGUGUCGGCGUGGCAGACGGCGGAGAUCGCCAAGAUCAACAACCGGUUCAAGCGGGAGGAGGUGGUCAUCAACGGCUGGGAGACGGAGCAGGUCGACAAGGCAUCCGCCUGGCUCAAGAAGAUUGAGAGGAAGCUGGACGAGCAGCGCGCCAAGGCGGUGGAGAAGACGCAGAACGACGUGGCCAAGGCGCGGCACAAGGCGGAGGAGAAGCGGGCGUCGGCGGAGGCCAAGCGGGGGCUGAAGCUGGCCAAGGUGCUGGAGCUGGCCAACUUCAUGAAGGCCGUCGGCAGGGUGCCCACCAAGCGCUCGUUCUUCUAGCCACCAGCCUCAUGCAUGCCCUCCCUCCUCAGCUCUGGAAUGGAAUCCCUAUGUGUUUUUGCCUAUGGGUAAUGGGUAGUACGUAAGUAAGUAAGUAAGGCGUGUGCUGCUGCAUCCGGUCGAUCGGGAACCUAAUUGUAAAAAAGGAUUUGAAACUUUGCCGGCGCGCGGCGACCACGCACCGGGUGGCGCUUUUUUUUUUUUGUUUGGCUUGUAUAUGCGCAAGAAGAAAAACUGGUGUGGAACGAAUAGCGUGUUUGUGUUUGCUACAAACCUGCAAACAUUCAGAGCAAUUGUUCAUAUGUAA